AUGGUGAGCAAAGAGGACACCAAAUGCGUUGUUCUCUCAAAUUCAGAUGAAUCAGACUCAGAGACAGGCCCGUCACACAGCCUUGAUGCACAGUCUGGACCAGAAUCAGGCAAGCAGCAGGUGAAGAAGAGAAACAAGGCCUUACAGGUGCGUUUUAAGGAUAUCUGUGAAGCUCAGAAUGAGCAUCGGGGAAGACGCUCCAGAUCCAUUUCCUGUAAAGUGACACACAGAAAAUACAUGACCAUGCCUGCCAGACGCUCAAUUCCAAAUGUGACUAAGAGCACUGGUGUCCAGACCUCGCCGGACCUCACUAAGCGAUACAAGACUUUCCCUUUCGAGAGGAAAAAAGGACAUACGUUUAAACAUGCAGCUUUGGUGGAAGAUUACAGAGGACAAAACAACGGUUUUUUGAGUGAUAUAAAGGCAGCAGAGGAUGGACAAUCGAUCGGGGAGUCCUCUAAGUACAAGGGUAAGAUUGUGGGCCAGACAAAAGCGUUGCUUCACCACACUGAUGACAGCAGCGAUACAGAGGAUUUGCUUUCCAGUGCCAACUGCGUGGAUGGACCCUCUUGUGCAGACUCUUCACAUUUCUCGGAGGAGUGCCAUCAGCGCAUCUCUCCUUCCAAAAGAGAACCAGAAUACCAGGUUUGCGCGACAAGGACCAAACACAAAGGAUUACCCAAAGAAGACAUGGAAGCUGGCACUUCCUCAAAGCGCCAGCUGGCUAACUCAGAGUUUUCACAGGACAAGUCAAAGGGCAGUGGCCCUGUUGCGUGGAACUCUUUGACACAGGUGGAGUCCUUAGGAAGCCCGUCUGUGAGCUGUAAACGGAAAAAGGGCGCGCAGCUAAACGAGCAGCAGUCGCAGACACUUCCCCAUAGUGCCAAAUGUUCUGUGCAGUCACAAGGGCAGUGUCGGACAAGGCAUGUGUCAGCCUCCUCUAAACUCCAGCAAACAGUUGGGGGCGACGAGGGCUUUCCUCCACGAGACACAGGAGCCCCAGGCAUGGGGAGCAGCCAGCAGAUAAUGCCCUUAUCUGGAGACAAGGAUAUCAAAGCACAGCUGCAGGCCAUGGAGAGCCUCAUCAGCUCGAGCCAGGAGACCAUCAAGGUCCUACUUGGAGUUAUUCAGGAGCUGGAGAAAGGUGAAGCACAGAGAGAGGGGCUCUCCUACCGAACAGGACAAGACACAGCAAAUUGUGAUACUUGUCGAAACAGCGCAUGCAUCAUUUACAGUGUAGAGCUGGACUUCAAGCUGCAGGAGGACAAGCUACUGCCCCUGAUGAAGAGACUUUGCCCCCUGGACAGCCAACAAUGCCCUGCUCUGCCUUACUCCAAUGAAGUGUUCACAUCCACCCCGAAACGCAAGUCCAAGACAGAGUCCAAAAAGCAUGCUCGUUGGAAACUCUGGUUCCUUUGAAUAAAACAUGAAGGCUUUGGAAACAGCCUCUUCAUUGGGCACAUUAAUACCCCUGUUACUCGCAGAAUGGAUGGAGGAGUAUUCAGAGGGAGCGACCGACAUAUGAGGAUGGAUAACGACAGA